UCAAAACACCCACCUACAUUGCUGCGCACACCCACACGCACCUCUAUAAACAAGCUCUGGGAAGGUGGGCCCAAUUUUUGAAGUUAAUUGGUUUGCAUUUAUUUGCCCCUUAGGUCAUGCAGGUUUUUCCUACUUGAGUUUAGGAAAUUUUGGCAACAAUACUUGGCCUUGUCUUUUUUUGUUUGUUUGAUUGGUUUUGUUUUUUUUGCGUUUUUCCAUUUUUUUUCUCGCGACGCUCAAAAUCUGCCAGAGACAUGGCAGACUGGAAGGCACAGAUAAGUUACAACUACAACCCCUCUUACCAUGCCUAUUCCUAUGGCCUCGUGUAUCAACCUGGGCCCGAGCUAAACCACGGGAACUUGACCUGUUGGGGCGAAGCCGGAGUCACGGACACGAGCAACUACAACACCGGGGUGACACAGGCCUUCUACGCCACCACCGCCAGGACACACGAAGAAUCUCCGCCUGGAACACCAGAGCAGCAUGCUGUGAACGGGCAUCAUCAUCAUUACCAGGGGUCCGGGGUUGUCUACCUCGGUGACACCCAGGCAGGCUGUCUGCUCCUGGCCAGACCACACCGGACUGCAAAUGGGGUGAGGCGGGCCGGGAGCGAUUCAACUAGUGAUUCGGAGGCGCACACCCCGCCAGAUUCAUGGAGUUCCAGCUGCAGCAGAGAAGGAAGUCUGCACCAGGCAGACCCUGCUAGCUGGGAAAAGAAAAAUCUUAACAAGGCAGGCAGCAGGAACCCCGUUGCCAGCAAGGAUGUUUCCAGCUCUCUCAUGGAGGAGCCACAGACCUUUGCUGUCAUAGGGAAUGGGAGUACCAACAACAUCACCUCUCUACAUGUACCCAUAAAUGCCCCUAAUAAGCCAAGCACUACUGCUGUAAAUAACCCUAAAGGAAAGGUCCGGGCAGCCUUCUCAGAGAGUCAGAUGAAUGCUCUUGUCCAGCGCUUCAGUGUUCAAAGGUAUCUCACCCCAGCUGAAAUGAAGAACCUGGCAGAACUGACAGGGCUGACCUACAAACAGGUAAAGACUUGGUUUCAGAACAGAAGGAUGAAGCUAAGGAGGCAUCAGAAAGAUACUAGCUGGGUGUCUGAGCGCUACACCAUCAACAAGGACAGCCCAGUUCAUGGAACCGUAUACACAAACAUUCCCUCACACAUCCCAUCUUAUAAGGGAGAGGCCCAGUCCCAGCUCAAGGAGCAUUACAACCAGCACACGAUGGAAGCAGCCUUUAAGAAGACCGCUCCAAAGAACCUGGCCUUCUAUCUGGCUGCUAUGGGCAGUGCUGCUGGAUCUGCUGGCUACCCCUCCUGGUCCUCCACCUCCUCCCAGUCUAUAGUGCCCAACAGGCCCCAGGCAACUGGCUGGUCCAUGCCCCCAGGUUUCAGUUAUUAUGAAUACAACCCCAGUGCAUUCACCUCAUCCACUGCCAAUAACACUGGGCAUGAUAUCAGUUUGGAAAUCAAAGAUGAUGAGCCUGCCAACAACCGAAGCUCCUUAUACACAGCCAUAGGGCACAACGCCAACCAGUAGUCAAUGUUUGAGCUGAUGCGCUUUUCUGUAGAUGUUACCAAACAGCCAUGUUUACAUUCUUCUCUUCAAGUUUCCUGACUGUAGUUUGUAAUUAACAGGCUGGGUGUACAUAUUCAUAAUUCUGUUCAAAAGUAUUUUACUUUUUAAUCUUGAAGUUUUAUUUUUAUACGCAACUAUUUAAUGUAUGUUUGUGUUCUUUGCGCUUGGUGAUAUUAAAUGGGUCAUUAUUGGA